UCUAUAUUUAUCAUAAGAAGUUAUUUGUGAAGUUUUGUCGAAUAAAAUAAUAAAAAUAACCUAACCGGUAAAAUGGCAUCCUCGUUAUCAGCAUAUUGGGUAAAAUUUUUUAAAGGAGCUGGAUUUCCACAAGAUGUAGCUACAAAGCAUGCGGUUGUGUUUUCCAAUAAUCGUAUAAAACCAGACAUGUUACCUGAUUUAGACAAACCUAGUCUCAAAGAAAUGGGAAUUACUUUAAUGGGAGACAUGAUUGCUAUUUUAAGAUAUGCAAAGAAAGUGGUUGAAGAAACAACAUGUGAAAGAUUCUUAGUUGAUACAGAAGACAAUGUUGGAACACCUAAACCAAUAGUUCAAAAAGUAGCAAUUAAGGCACCUACUAAAGCAAUUACUUCUAAACUUAAAUCUGAUGCAGUAACUACAAAAAAAGUUAUUAAAGUUCCAACAAGUUCAAUAAAGAAAGCUGUUACUGUUAAGAAAUUAGUGUCAACAUCUAAUGAAAUAAUUACAAACCUUGCUAAUCAAAAGAAACAAACUAUUCUUAAGAGAAAAUUAGAAGAUGAUGAAUUUGACAGUAACAAUGACGAUCAGUGGAAGGAAUCACCUAAAAAGGUGAAAUCACUUGAUAAUAAAGAUGAUAAAGUAGGAUACACUGUAAUUCUUCCAAAAGGAUCUACAUCUAGAAGUCAACAAAUUCUUAAAAAGUCUGCAGAGCAAAAAAGGACUGUAUUUGAUAGGUUGGGCGAUAGUUCUGUAACAAGUACAACAAAUCCAGCUGAAACCUCACCAACAUUUAACAUCACUGGAUUAGGAAAAGAUGUUUUCAAAAGAUCUGUAAGUGUCUUUAAUCGAUUAGGAGAUAAAGAUGCCAAAAAGGAUAACUCAACUCAAGUAAGUAUAUUAAAAAAUGGAACCAAUAGCACAGGAAUAUUAAAAACUAAAAGUGCUAACACAAGAACUUCAAUUCUUACAACGAAUAAAAUUGUAUCAAAAAAUGUGGGAACAAUGCGAGCUGAUCAAGAAGCAAGUAGAAAGGUUAUGUCAAAUAAUGUUACACAAUUAGUGAAAACAACUAAAAGAAUUUCAUUUAACAAUACACCUUCAAGAGAUAACAGAAUACAAACCAAUAUUUCAUCUGGCAAAUUAGCUUCAGAGAGACUGACUUCCAUACCAGCAAAAGCUCGUUUAGGAGUAAUUAAAACAAACGGUGCUAAACAAGUAACUUUCGAUAGAGUCACGACAAUAGCACACGUAAAGAAACCGGACGUUUUUAGUCGUCUUGGAAUUUGA